UACUCUGCUGCAGACUUGGUGUUGGUGCGCAUCUCACCGACCGGGAAUACCGAUUUGUGAGCAUCUCGGCCUGUUCCCCGCUGCACCGUGAAGCCGUGUUUUCUGCAGGGGGAGCGGGGUGCGUGGCGGUAGCGGGAUUGGAGUGACAGAUCAGCGGUCAGUGUUAUGACAGACGGAGGUGGAGAUCAUCCUGGAGGAGCCGUGUUUGUUUGGUAUGGAGAUAUGAGGCAAGGGGUGGAGAGCCGCCACAGAGACGCUGGGCUCCGGCCAAACAUCACCGCAUUUUAGCACCUAUUCGAUGCUCGGGAUUUGCAUUGCAUUGCAUUUGCUGCAUCGCUGAUCGGCCUCUGUUUCUGCACGGUGCAUGGUGGAAAAUGCAGCUUGUUUGAGGACACCCUCCCUCCAGUUAUUCGCUGCUGCCAUGACAGGCAGAGGUCUCCUCUCGACCGCGGCUCGGCCGGCUGGAGAAGAGGCGGAUUGAUUCGGGACGGUGGGUCUCAUCUUCGGAUGUUAUUGUGUCUGCGGAGCCUGAAAACAUCAUCCGUGCGAACACACAGUGAAUCUUACUCAGGGAAAAAAGCAAGAAAACAACAUGUCCUCUCGAUCUGCAUUACCGUCUGGGAACGACAGGAGUACUGGAGACCAUCAUGUGUCGCUGGGGUCCAGCCGGGCAGACAAGGCCACCAGUCAGUCCAGCCGCUCACUGGGUGCCCGGUGCAGGAACUCCAUUGCCUCCUGCUCUGACGAGCAGCCGCACAUCGGCAACUAUCGCCUGCUCAAGACCAUCGGCAAGGGGAACUUCGCCAAGGUCAAGCUGGCCCGCCACAUCCUGACGGGCAGGGAGGUUGCAAUAAAAAUCAUCGACAAAACUCAGUUGAACCCAACCAGCCUACAAAAGCUCUUUCGGGAGGUGAGAAUAAUGAAAGGCUUAAAUCACCCCAACAUAGUGCAGCUGUUCGAGGUGAUUGAGACUGAUAAGACCCUUUACCUAGUCAUGGAGUAUGCUAGUGGAGGUGAAGUGUUUGACUACCUCGUGUCUCAUGGUAGAAUGAAGGAGGUGGAAGCCAGAGCCAAAUUUCGACAGAUUGUGUCUGCUGUCCACUACUGCCACACGAAGAACAUCGUCCACAGAGAUCUGAAGGCGGAGAACCUUCUGCUGGACGCCGACGCCAAUAUCAAGAUUGCCGACUUCGGCUUCAGCAACGAGUUCACGCUGGGCAACAAGCUGGACACGUUCUGUGGCUCGCCGCCGUACGCUGCUCCCGAGCUUUUCCAGGGCAAGAAAUACGAUGGGCCCGAGGUGGACGUCUGGAGUCUUGGAGUGAUUCUGUACACGCUGGUCAGCGGCUCACUGCCGUUUGACGGACAGAACCUGAAGGAGCUGAGGGAGCGCGUGCUGAGGGGAAAAUACCGUGUCCCUUUCUACAUGUCCACAGACUGUGAGGGGAUCCUACGCAGGUUCCUGGUGCUCAACCCCUCCAAGCGCUGCACCCUGGAGCAAGUGAUGAAGGAUAAGUGGAUCAAUGCAGGGUACGAUGGGGAGGAUCUGAAGCCCCACAUAGAACCUGUGGAGGACUAUAGUGAUCCUGCCCGUAUAGAGGUGAUGGUGGGGAUGGGCUUCACUUCGGAGGAAAUCAAGGACUCUCUGCUCAAUCAGAAGUACAACGAAGUCACAGCCACUUACUUACUGCUGGGCCGCAAAGGAGACGAGGGCAGUGAGGCUCGCUCAGCCAGUAGCCUGUCCCUGGCAAGGGUGCGACCCAGCCCCAUCACCAACGGGACCAACAAGCACUCUUCAGCCACCGGCUCCUCCUCCUCCUCCACCUCCUCCUCACACAGCAAGACCCAGCGCAGUGCCUCCACCUACCACAGGCAGCGACGGCACAGUGACUUCUGCGGGCCCUCCAUGCCCGUCAUGCACCCCAAGAGGAGCCCGACCAGCACGGGCGACCGGGAGUUGCGGGAGGGUCGGAUGCCUUCACGUAAGGCCAGCUGUAGCGUGAUGGGGAGCCAUAGCCUCCCCCCCUCCAGCCCCAUGGUCAGCAGUGCCAACAACCCCAACAAGUCUGAGAUCCCAGACCGCCGCAAAGACAUGACUGCCACCACGAAUAACAUCCCUGGAAGCUCCAUGACACGCAGGAAUACAUACGUGUGCACAGACCGCUCAGGCGCUGACAGACACUCUCUCCUGCAGAAUGGCAAAGACAACAGCUCUCUCGGUCACCGCUUGCCUGCAGCGUCUCCCUCCACACUCAGCAUCUCUGGGGCCGGAGCCGCCUCCUCCUCCUCUUCGGACCGAUGCCGCCUGACCAGAGGAUCCACGAUCCGCAGCACCUUUCACGGGGGACAGCUGAGGGACCGUGGGCCCCCAGUCUACUCUGCCCCGCCUACUUCACCCACCUUGUCCCACCAUGAAGCCAGCCCUUUGCCCCAUGCCCGCACUCGGGCCACCUCCAAUCUCUUCACCAAGCUGACCUCCAAACUCACUCGCAGGGUCACAAAUGAAUCUGAGGGAAUCAGGAGAUUUGCGGUCACAAGUUGCCAUCUACCUGGGAAUCAAAAAGCGUCCGAGCCCCGGGCCGUCGGACGUGGCUGGGAUCUGAGAAGUGGUGGGCGGCGGGACCCUGCGGAGGUGGUACUGGCUCUGCGGGAGGCAGCGCUCGGAUGUGGCUGCCAGGUCCACCUUGCCGGCCCCUUUCUGCUGUCCUGCACCCAUGGCGUGGCAGGGGGCCGCGUGGCUUUCGAGGCCGAGGUAUGCCAUCUUUCCACGGGCACCUCCGAGACUUCUAACGGGGUGCGCUACACGAGACUCUGGGGGGCGCCGCUAGCUUUUCGGGACAUUGCCACCCAAAUCUCUAAGGACCUUGAACUUUGAACCGGAGGGGGUGUUUGCGUACAAGUGUGUGUUUUUGUGUGAACGAGUGUCAAUGUGUGUGCGCAAAGGGAGGGGGGUGGAAACAAUCAAAGAAAAAAAAAAUUGCGGAGAAGGGGCGAGGGGCUGGACCCAAGAGAAAAGACUUCUCCUUCUGUCUCUUUCAUGACUUACCCCCCUCCUCCCCACACACACAAACACAAACACAAACACACACACACACACACACACACACACACACACACACACACACACACACACACACACACACACACACACACACACACAUCUGACCCGUAAGUCACGCAGACUGAAGCACCCCCCUCUCCACCCAUUCAUCCCACCGAGCUCAGCCAACUUCUUCACUGAGCGUCUGCACCCACUGGACCUGGAUCAGACAGAAUUUAGUCGAUAUUUUUUAUUGCUACUCUAGCCAUAAUGACUCUUUUUUUUGUUAUUUAUUGCUCUAAUCAUUGUUUUUACCCACUGUCAUCUCCACAGCUACAGAAAACACCAUCUUGUCGUCUAUCACUCAGUCCUUUUUUAAACUCUUCUUUUAUAUGUCACCUUUACACAAACGUUCAUUUUUCCCUCCCGUACGGAUGACCUGAUUAUCUGCUGACUCUUCAUCACCUGGGGACAAUCACAUGCACACAAACGUGGAGAUGGUGCGACUCAGUGAUCAGAUAAGCAGCCGCAGAGGGUUGCAUUGCUUUGAUUCCUGUACAUACAGCAGUGACGACUGAGCUGGAUUAAGGUCAGUGAGAGCAGCGCUGACAGGCUUUGAAGCAGCCAAUCAGAGGCAGACCUGGAGUCAAAUUCAGUGACAUCUUCCACUUCAUUAACUUCUAUAUCCAUCACCUCUCAGUCACUUUAGUUUACCUGCAUUAGACAAGCAGAAAUAAGGAAAAGAGCUUGAUUAUAACAAGAAUUUCAUAAUUAGAUCAAGGAAAAGAGGGGAAUAUUUUAGAGCAGUAGUGUCUAGUUCCAUCCGAGCUUUCAGUUUGGCAUUUUGCUCAUUGCCACCUUGUCUCUGGUCAUGUUUGGUGGAAAGUUGGCACUGGAGAGGAGCAAGUAGCAAAAGCCAGGUUAUAGUGCAGUCAAAAAUCACGGUUAACCAAAAGCAGGCUUUACAUAAUAUAUGCUAAUGAAAACAAGACAUAUGUGACCUCUCACAGUAUAUCAUUUACAAAUAGCUACACCGAAGACUAGGUUUCUUUACUGCAGGCUCUCCUAUAGAGUAAAAAGAGAGACCUGCAAAGACUAAAGCACACAUGCUGCUCUCUGAUUGGCUGAAGUUGUCGUCUGUCAGCGCUGGUCAGUGUCAUUAAAACUUGUUCCAAGCAUUUCCGAUUUUUAAAUGUGCCACUUCAUCCUUUAUACCUUUACCUGUCUUCAAAACAAUGUACUGAAGACAGGGCAGCAGAGAGACAGUUAAAAAUAUCUCUCUGAUAGCAGACACACUGUAAAGCACAGGAUGAGUAUUACCUGAGGAUCUAAGGUGGUUUUUAAAUCCCCUCCCAGCAAGUUCACAAGAAUUCACUCAGUCACCCCUGAUAAGAUAUCAAGACUCUGAGUUGUCUUUCUAACUGUGUCAUAAAAGUUUGAGUGGGGCCUGUUGAAAUCAUAUAACAUAAAAAGAAUCAGACCGUAUUAUCCAUGUGAUCAUUUGAAGAUCUUACUCCUCUGAGCUUUCACUUUGUCCAAGUCUGUCUAGAUGCUUUGUAGCAACAAGAGCGUCCUUUCAGAACUUUCUUAUUUUGCCAGCACAGCCUGUUUGAUUCAUUACUGGGACAGAGGAAGAGAAAUGCACAAAGAAAAUUAAAAGUAGGGAGAGGACGUAUAUAAACAGGACUGCUGUUUUUAGCAGUUUGAGGUGUAAUUGUACUCUAAAUUUACAGACAUGGUAGAAUUUGCAGAUUUGCAUUGGGGCAAGAUCAUAGACGACCUCCUCUUUUAUUAUAAAUCACUCAGAAUGCCCAUGUAAUACUCGUCCUGUGCAAAUAGGGCUUUGUUUUCAGUGCAAUGCAAUUCUUUGGUUAUAUAUCUUGUGCCAUGUGAUCUCACUACACAGUAUGUUAAUGGGAAACACCAAAAGCAGAUCAGCCAAACAGGGAAAACUUCUCACAUUACACACAUACUUUCACACGCACACACACACACACACACACACACACACACACACACACACACACACACACACACACACACACACUCACACACUCACACACACACACACUUCUAAAUGUCCACCCUGUGCUUGAUCUGUGGGGAUCAGACGGGGGAGUGUGUUGACUCUGGAAAGGCACGAUGAAGGCAGUGUGUGCACAGUGUUUUCUUUUUGUUAGUCCAGUUGCCUUUAAAGUGAACAACCCCCAGCGCCUUCAUUCAGAAACAUGUUUAAUGUAUUAAAAAAAGAGAGACAGAAAAAGUGAGGAAGCUUUCUGUUCUCCCUCCCUGUUUUUAGUGAAUAUCGUACUGUGAUAUUUACGUAGGCUACAGAGAUCAUGUUGUUUGGCUGCUGAUUUACUGUUGAUACUAUCUCUCAGUUGUGGCUUUGCUCAUGGUGACCCAAGACACCCCCCAUCUCCUUUCUCCCCCACCCACCCCUACAUUGAACAGAGACGCAAACCUUAGCUGUCCACCACCUUCAUAUGUAACACCGACUUUUUUCUAUCGUCACAAUGAGCAUCUUCUCUGUGUGAGACUCGCAGAGAGAUGCUCAGCCAUUAUCCACACUCACAUCGUAGACCCAUGUUUGACCGGCCUGUUAAGUGUGUGCUGUUUCAUGAAGCACACACCAACAUAGAUGCCAGGAUUCUGUCCUUGUCCUCUCCCUGGACGUUUCUCAUUGUGGUGUAUAUUAGCAUUAGGUAAUAUAGACCUCAAUGCACUUUGCUUUGACUUGAAUCAGCUCCUUCCAGUGUACCUGUACAGGUAAUACCCAGAACUAGCCACUGGAGGGCGCCAAUGUCUUAAAUGUGAAACACUUCAAUUUGUGGAUAUUUGCACAGGUACUUUAUUUAUUUUUUAGAAUAAUAUCAUUAAAAAAAACAGGAUUUAUAUCAGUCAGUUGAUGGCUGUAUAUAAAAUAUAUGAAUAUAGUAUAUAUCUUAGAGCUCAAGGUUUAUUUAUAGCUAGAGCAAGGGAAGUAAUUCUAGUUUAAAGCAGAUUCUGUCAGUGACAAUGGGGAACAAAACCAACCUGCAAUCCUGCAUGACUUCAGAGUUUGGGUUUUGGGAGAAAAAAAAGAAACAUGAUGCACACCCAGGAUUGGAAGCUUUGUGAAAUACAGAGAAAUGUUUUUAGAUAUGAGUUAAUACAUGGAAUUGGUGCCAAAUGUUGCACCAGGUCCUUUCCCCUUUUACAGAAACAAACAGAUAGUGGUUUCAGGAGUAAUUUGGUACGCUAAAGAGGGCUCCUGGGUUCACAUACGUAUUUAAAAUGCCAUGAAAUGAACCACAAAGGAAAAUGUCCUGUGAGGACUCUUACACUGAAAGCAGGUUGUGUUGUUUGGUUCUAAAUUCACUUGAAUUCACUCUAAAAAGUCCCUGACGUGUUGGAAACUCUGGGUUGCAUUCAAGCCAUAGAAAUGUUUUGUCACUGACUCCUGUUUGACGAUUUGAAUCAGGUUGUUUGUGAAACCGGCUUAAAAGCUAAUAAAUUAGUGUGCAACAACUCACUCUUAGUAUAAGAUGGAUAAACAUUGUCUUAAGGUGGAAUCUACUGUGAAAACUUCUUCAAAAGAGUUUCGUUGAGUACCUGAGUGUGUUACUGGUUUAGAUGGUGGAUGGUACAGUAUUAGGACCCCAGAGGGCACAGUAUUGAACAUGCACUGUCGUCUUUGGAAGCUGUUAAUGUUGUAAAAGAGACUGAAGAACACACACAGUUUGACAUGUAUGAGUAAAUUUACAUCCUCUACUGUUGAAUUCCUCCACUCAGAAACAAACUGUAAACUGAGACGGAGAGGUUGUGGUAAACAUGGAAAACAUGGAGCUGAAGAUUAAUAAAAUUCACUGAUGUUGGCAUUUUUUUCCUUUA